GCUAAUCAACAGCGGGAGCCAGCACAAGAACCGCAGGCGGCGGAUCACGUGGAGCGUGUUGUCAGCCAUUUUUCUAACAGUGAAAUGAGAUCAAGUAGUCAAGUAAUGUUAGCUACCGCAUUAGUUAAUGUAUCCAGCAAGGGAUUGGCCGGAAUUGUUGCAAUUGCAGAUGGCAGAUCCAGGAUAUGGUACACCAAGCAAUAUAGACCUUCUACUGGGCGCUGAUGUGUAUGGUCAGGUUUUGUCAGAAGGCAUAUUGAGAAAUCCACCUGGAACCUUGACAGCUCAAAAUACACAGCUGGGAUGGAUCCUGUCGGGACGAGUUUAAGUUAGUGGGGAUACUCCUUACAUUAUUAGUGCACAUACCCAUGACAACUCAAUCAAUGAUUUGCUGCGUCAGUUCUGAGAGAUUGAAACUGACCAGCCUCAUCCACUUUUAUCCAAGGAAGAAGAAUCCUGUGAAAGAUACUUUGAAUCCACUACAACUAGGGACAGUUCGGGUCGUUAUGUUGUAGGUCUUCCUUUUCGCGACAACAAUCCACUUGCUCGAGAAGAAACUUGAUAAGAAUCCAGUCUUGAAGCAAGAAUACUCCAAGGUAAUAAAUGAAUACCUGGCUAUGAAUCAUAUGGAAGUAAUUAAUGACAAACAAGAAGCUGCUAAGCCAGGAUGCGUUUAUCUACCUCAUCAUGCAGUUGUUCGCGAGGACAAAAGUACAACGAAGGUCCGCUUUGUUUUCGACGCUUCGUGUAAGGGUACCAGCGGCAAGUCACUGAACGAUAAUUUGUUGCGGACAUAGUUAAGAUGUAUCGAAUGGUCAAGGUCGUACCAGAGCAUACUGACUUCCAGCGAGUACUGUGGAGAGAGAAUCCUAGUGAAGAAGUCAAGGACUGCAGGCUGUUAAGAGUUACUUUUGGUGUUUCGUCGGCCCCAUAUCCAGCAGUUAAGAGUUUGCAACAAGUGGCAAAGGACGAACGCAGCACCGGUGAGUAUCCUUUGGCUGUAGACAGGGUGAUGAACUCUUUCUAUGUUGAUGAUUUUAUGUCAGGGUGUGAAACAGAAGACGAAGCAGUUGCUAUAUACCAACCACCAAAUGGUUAGUCUACUAGGUAAAGGAGGGUUCCAGCUGCAGAAAUGGGCGAGCAACAGUCUGAAGUUAUUGGAAGAGAUAAAGCCGCAGGGUCCUGACACUCAGAAAGAUAUUAAAAUUGAUGAUACUGUUAAGAUUUUAGGACUCAACUGGAAUAUUCAAUCUGAUUCCUUCAAAUAUACUGUGAACUUACCUCCCCAGAAGCUGCCAAUCACCAAACGGGUAAUUUUGUCCGAUAUAUCACGCUUAUUUGAUCCUUUAGGGUGCACUGCACCUGUAAUAAUACAGGCAAAAAUAUACAUGCAGAAACUAUGUCUGUCAGGUCUUUCUUGGGAUCAGGAAGUUACGUCGAACCUGCUGGAUGAGUGGAUUUCAUUUCGCGACAACUUACCUGCUCUCAACCAAGUCACGGUGCCCAGGUGGGUCAAUAAGAGUAAGGAUACAACUUACCUUGAGCUGCACGGGUUUUCCGACGGAUCCAAUGACGCAUACUCAGCGGUAGUCUACCUUCGCGCGACUGAUCAUUAUGGCAACGUUAGGGUAAGUCUAAUUACGGCUCGUACUAAGGUAUCUCCUAUCAAGCAAAUAUCCAUUCCUCGCCUGGAGCUUUGCGGAGCAGUGUUGGUUGCAAGGCUCUUGUCUGAGGUCUCGGGCAUUCUACCUAUUCCUGCAUCGCAGAUACACGCUUGGACUGACUCCACCAUCGUUCUGGCUUGGCUGAAGGGACAGCCAAAUCGAUGGAAGACCUUCGUCGCAAAUCGAGUGAUUGAAAUCCUGACAGUUUUAAACAACGACCAAUGGUCGCAUGUGGAGUCAUGCCAGAAUCCAGCCGACUGUGCAUCCCGAGGGCUGGCUCCACAAGAAUUUAUCCACUGUGAACUCUGGUUCCAUGGCCCUGCGUUUUUAAGAGAAUCCACGUAUGUAUCGCCAACGGUAAACAUAUCGACUUAUUUAAAAGCCAAGCCGUUGAAGUCUCAUCACCUAACUAUUGCCGAAGUGAUCUCCAGACAUGGACGAAGUAUUAAUCUUUAUCAAAAACGGUUAGAGUGGUCGCGUUUUGCAUUCGAUUUAUUUAUAAAUUAAGGUCAAAGCGAUAUCCUUCUUACUUGACGGCUUCCGAAUUAGAUCAUGCAUUAAAGAUAGGAAUUAAGGUUUGUCAGACUCAGGCCUUUUCUAAAGAUAUUGAGCAAAUAAAUAAUACAAAAAAUGACUCAACAGUUCUGGUGUAAGUGGUCUGCCGAGUAUCUCACGACUCUAAAUCAUAUCAUAUCAUCAGAUAUAAGUGGACUAAAACUACACCAGAACCCCAAAUAGGUGACGUUGUUCUUGUUAAGGAAGAUGGUCUCCCUCCUUCAAAAUGGUUAUUCGGUUUGAUAGAGGAGAAGCACACUGGUCCAGACAAUGUCACAAGGAUGGGUGGUUACUAUCAAAUGUAAGAAAUCUAAAAUUGUAAGACCAGUCUCCAAACUUUGCAUUUUACCUAUCGCUUCUUAACAUUACUUACCUGAAUAACUGUAGAUAUUUCAUGCAAUGUAUGUAACUUAAAU